GGGGGAGGGAAAGGGAGGGACUCCCCCUCCGCACUCUCCCCGCUCAUAGUCACGUGACGCCUCCAUCCGGGUCCUUUGCCUUCUCUGCCUGCUCCCAACAUGGCGGCCCCAGCGGCAGCAGCCAAGAAGAAGAACAAGAAGGGGAAGACCCUCACCCUGACGGACUUCCUGGCGGAGGAUGGCGGUGGCGGUGGUGGUCCGACCUAUAUUCCCAAACCUGUCAGCUGGGCGGACGAAACGGAUGACCUGGAAGGUGACGUUUCCACCACUUGGCACAGUAACGAUGACGAUGUGUACCGGGCUCCUCCAAUCGACCGUUCCCUCCUGCCCACUGCCCCGCGGGCUGCCCGGGAACCCAACAUAGACAGAAGCCGCCUUCCCAAAUCCCCCCCUUACACCGCCUUCCUGGGAAACCUGCCCUACGACGUGACGGAAGAAUCCAUCAAGGAUUUCUUCAGAGGACUCAAUAUCAGCGCUGUGCGUUUGCCGCGGGAGCCCACCAAUCCGGAGAGGUUGAAAGGAUUUGGCUACGCUGAGUUUGAGGACAUAGACUCCUUGUUCCAGGCCCUGAGCCUCAAUGAGGAGUCUUUAGGAAACAGAAGGAUACGAGUGGAUGUUGCCGAUCAAGCUCAGGAUAAAGAUCGGGACGAUCGCUGCUUUGGCAGAGAUCGGGAUCGCUACCGAGACUCGGAGAGGUUCGACAGCGACUGGAGGGCCCGUCCUGCCACCACUGAUAGCUUUGAUGAUUAUCCGCCCCGCAGAGGCGACGACAGCUUCGGAGACAGGUAUCGGGAUCGCUACGACGAUCGGUAUCGUGAUGGUCCGCGGAGGGAUAUGGACCGUGGCUUUGGGAGCAGGGAUCGCUACGAUGACCGCAGCAGGGAUUAUGACCGAGGUUAUGAUUCCAGGAUAGGCAGCGGCAGGAGGGCCUUUGGCAGUGGAUAUCGCCGGGAUGAUGACUACCGAGGGGGUAGCGACCGCUACGAUGACCGCUAUGACCGACGGGAUGACCGAAUGGAUAGGUGGAACUCACGGGAUGAUUACGGACGGGAUGAUUUCCGCCGUGAGGACAGAGGUCCUACUCAGAGGCCGAAGCUCAACCUGAAGCCUCGGAGUGCGCCCAAGGAGGAGGAGACCUCGGUGGCCCCUGCGCCGCAGUCCAGCCGCGCCGCUUCCAUCUUUGGCGAGGCCAAACCGGUGGACACGGCCGCCAGAGAGCGGGAGGUGGAAGAACGGCUACAGAAGGAGCAGGAAAAGCUGCAGCGUCAGCUGGAGGAUGAUAAGAGGAUAGAAAGACGACCUCGAGAGAGGCAUCCCAGCUGGCGAAGCGAGGAGAACCAGGAGCGGUCGCGGACAGGGAGCGAAUCCUCGCAGAGCGGCAAUUCCGGGCCCGCUGGCACCUCUGUGGGAACCGGCCCGACGGGCAGGACCACGCGAAGACGGGAGAGCGAGAAGUCUUUAGAGAACGAAACAUUCACCAAGGAGGACGAUUCCCCCUCUCCCACCUCUAAGCCGAAGGAGGAGAAGCAGCCCCUGAAGGUGAUGCCUGCGCCGCCACCCAAGGAGAACGCGUGGGUGAAGCGGAGCAGCAACGCUCCUGCCCACUCCCAGAGCUCGGAUUCGGAGCAGCACUCUCCUACCAGCGGCAGCCAGAUGGCUCCGAACCUGCCCGUGGAGGAUGGGACACCCCCAAAGAACACCCACCGGAAAGGAGAUGAGAAUAAACCGGAUGGGGGACGGGAGAGCGGCUCCAAGAUCCGAAGCGGGAGCUCCAGCCGUGGCCCGGGAGAUUCAGAUCGGAAAGAGAGCCGGAAGGAUCACGACUCACGACCUGCGCCUGAGCCAAAGAAACUCGAUGAGAACCCCCCUUCCUUCAGCCACGGCAGCAAAUACGCCGCUCUCUCUGUUGACGGCGAAGACGACGAUGAAGAAUACGCCGAAUAAACCCCCCCACCUCCGUCGUCGUCGCCCAACCGCCACCUUGGGAUCAGUUGGAGAAUUCCAAACCAAACCUCUCUAUCCAACCGAGAACACAAAUAAAUCCUAAAACUCCG